GCACAAAGGAUCCUUGCCACGGAUGCAUGACCCCCCAUCCCGCAUUCUCAGCCGCAUCUCUCUUCUGCAUGCCAUUGCAGCAGCUUUCGCCUGGAGCCUGCCAUCCCAUCUGCAGUGCCGAACCAUCCCCAUCCUCAUUAUCCAUCCAGCGCAAACGCCAUCCCUUUCUGACCAUCAUCUCUUGUGAGGUUCUUUGAUCAUGAAGCUUCUCGUGGCUGCUUCUCUUGGCACUGCGGUCCUUUCCUCUCUGUCGGCCACCUCCACUGAGCCCUCAUUCACCACCGCCGCCUUCCUGCAGACCAGGGUAUCGCUCGCGCAGUACUCUCAUCGCCGGCACAAGAAGCGGAGUGCAAAUUCAGCAAGGAAAGGGCCUGACGAAGUGCACGAGCUCGUUGCCUCACGGCCCGCCGGCAAGCUCACCUUGAGGCCGCCAGCUGACUCCAAGAAGGUCCACAUCCAUCUCAAUGUCGACGCUGCGCACGUUGCCAAUGCAACGGGCGGGCUGCAGGCUGAGACACAGGCAGCAGAUCAGCUGGGAUACGUCGUGUCGGAGCCGCCGGAUAAGAAGAUGGUCAUCGGCAAGAAAGCGCUGUCUGAAUCGGCGGAGGCGGUGAAAGAGUCGGACGAUGCUGUCCCGCUCGUGGCCGUGACCAGCCAGGAGGAGGCAGUCAUCGACAGCGAGAGGCGGGUCAUCGAUAUAGCCAAUGUGAAACGGGAGAUGGCCGUCGUUGGGGGCAUUCGCAUGGAGGAUGGGGGAGGGAGGGACAACGUGAUGGAGGCCUUCUGCCCUUACAAUCUGCCCAUCUUUGCCAGGGCGUACGAGGCCAUGUCUGAGGUGCGGGAGCUCAGACACAUUCGGCCAAGAAGAGCCGGACAUAAUCUGCCGGUGAGCAACGGAACUCCGACAGAGACAUUGGACACACAAGGUCGAUCAACGGCCUUUGAGUGUUCUCAGGCUUGUGAGUGGUUCAGAAAUGAGCCCGUGUGCUGUUCGGACACUCUUCUUAAGCGUAUCGCCUUGCUGUUUCGAUUUUCGUCUGCUGGGGUCAGCGGCACCAAGGGGGCAUGGCCUGGCCUGGCCUGGCUUGGCUUGGCUGACAACAAGAUGUGUUUGUUUUUCUUUUUGCAAAUCAGCGUUGGGGCGUCCGGCAGAGCAUAGACCACUUCAGACACUCUGAGGACGUCAUGAUGGCAUGGCUCGAUCGACGGAAGGUCAGAUAUCCUCUCAACGCCAAAGUCGAAAGCGCGCUGGAAAAGGUCCGCCUCCCUACCAUGCUCACUGCAGACGCAAUGUCUCCUUCCGUCCGUGUGUGUCUCUCCUGCGUCUUGUGUGCGGGCUGCAUGCAGUUUGCCGGCCGCCUAGGCCGUGCCAUGAAGGGAUGCACUGCAUACGAGGAGCACUGUCGAGACAAGUGAGACUGACUUAAGAAGGAAAUAUCAAGAUGAAUACAUUUAUCCAUGCAAUGCAUCUUCGGCUGGUUAUGUGUCUGUCCAUAUCGCAGAAUAGUGCAGUACUUCGAGGCCCUCAAUUGUGAGCUGAGCUGCGAUCCGCAUCUGUCGAUAUACCUCGACAAACAUCGGGUCAGCCAGUGGUAUGCGAGUCAGUCAUCCCACCUCGAUCGCCAUAAAUGUACAUGUAUGUAUGCAGGAGCGCCUCCGUUUGUCGCGUGCUGGCCUGGACGAACUGUUUGACCGCUGCCACAAGACACGAGAGAGGGUCAAGCACUGCUCACACGAGCUGCAAAAGAUCAGCGAUGUUCUGCAUAACACCGACAAGCGGGGAGAGGUACGUGUGUAUGCAGCCAGAUGAAGGAAGGCAAGCCAGCCAUCUGUUUCCUUGGUAUUUUGUGGCUGCAGCCUUUCCUGGAGAGGCUGGCUAACUUGACGACUAAGAACGCGAAAGAGGCGCAGAAAGUGGAGGCAAUGCUCGCUGACCGCGCCACAUUCGAGAGACACCUGCAGCGAGGGGGCAAGCAAGCGGCCGAACGACAGACACUGUCACAUCAUCCAUUGGUGGACCAAUGUGUGUGUCGGUCUCCUCUGUCUCUCCUCAGGAUUCGGCUCGACAUUCUUCCUACAAGAGCUGCUCGGCAGCUUCCACUUCUACGACCAAAGUACAACAAGAGCGCGGACGAAAUCUUCACUUGAUAUUGUUUGUGGUCUUCCUUAUCCUUGUCAGCCAUGAUCAGUUGGCCAGAAUGGCCCGCGACGAUAGUCAAGCCCAAGAACGAGACUGGCAUUGAGAUCGUUAUCUCUGCCACAGCUCCCAAGCCACCAGUAGCCACCUCUGCCAAGGAAGCCCCAGAGCUGCCCGUACCGAUGAAAGGAGCCGCUGCCGUCCAUAAACCUGCUGUUCCAGAUGCGCCAAUGGCCCUGAAGCCGCCAGGUGGACUCCUGAAACCCCCAGGACCAAUGCCCCGUGUCCCUGGUCCACCGUCACCGAUAAGCGUCAUGCGAUCCUCGGGCACGGCACCCGAAGAAGAGAUAUCUGAAGAGGGGACAGAGAGUGAAGCGACGGAGAGCUCAGAAACCGAGUCGGAGAUUGACGAGUCGGCCGUAGAAGAGGAGCAGCCGCCAACACCUGUGGGCCCUCCUUCAAAGGAGGCACCAAAGGCACCCGGCCCAUCUGAACCGAUUACAGUGGCUCACGAGAAAAAGGAGAAGCCAAUGUCAGUGCUGCAGCCGCCUUUGGGCGCAGUUCGCAUGUCUAAGCCGCCAGGUGCCGCCCCCGUGGUCGGCGAUAUCGGUCCACCGCAGCCGAUACAGGUGAAACGGCCGGCGGGGAUGCAGCCCCAAGAAGCAUCGGAUCAAGAGGAGACAGGCACAAGCAGCGAGGAGUCAGAAUCUGAAGAGGGGACAGAGAGUGAAGCGUCGGACUCUGAAGACAUCGAAUCCACUGAAGAAACGGCCAAGGAUGUCAAUGUGCCUGUCCCAAAUGCAGUGCCGGUUCCGGAGGUGGACACGCAGCCAUCGGCCAGGAGUCCCCUGCCAAUGAGGCCGCCUGGCCCGAUGCCCGCAAUCGGCGAUGUAGGCCCACCACCGGCGCUAAGCGCGGCGCGACCCGCGGAGAUGCCAGCUGAAGGAGAGACAUCUGAGGAAGAGCAGACAGACACGGGCAGCGAGGAGUCAGGAUCUGAAGACGCCGAGCCAGCUGAAGAUGAGAUGGCUGAGGACGAUCGUGGCGGAGAGGCAGAGGAUGAGGAGGGAUCUUUCCUGCAGGUGGGGGCAGUGAGUAUGGGGAGCAAAGGCCUUUCAAACAAGAGACACGGCCAUAAGCACCGAGCAGAGCACGCAAGACAUCAUCACAGAAGGAUAACAGCGCAAGACAAACAAGGUGUCUCAUGAUAUUCUCUUGUUCAUCCAUCCAUCCAUCCAUGUAUGUCUCUGACAGGCACCCGUCCCCCUGCCCACACACAAAGCCAAAGUAGAAGACAAGGACAGCUCAAGCACAGGCCAGAAAAGCGCGGGCAGGGAGAAGAUGCAAAACACAUCGGAGACACACAGCGCGAGACACUUACAGCGAAAUGGCCCAACGAUCCAACCCACGAUCACUCAGGCCCAGCAGCAGCAGCAGCAGCAGGGUGGUCAGCCGCCGGCUGCUCAGCCAAUGCAACAGCAGCCGCCCCCUCCCCUCGCCCCUGCAGCCCCAGUGCAGACACAGCCACAGGGGCUGCCAUCGCAGCCAGCAACCAUAGGCUCUGCCAUCGGACCACAGAAGCCUGCGCCGGUCCAAGAGGCGCCUCAGGGUCUACAGUAUGGCUAUGGAACGAAGGCAGCGGCCCCGGCUGGGCCAUACGUCACCAACGUAGGGGCGGGGGAGCCUCCUCCUGGACAGACAAACCAGCAGCAGCAGCCGGCGGCAAGUGGGGCAAAUGUCGGUGCCUCGUCUACUUUCCUGUUCCUGGAGUCUUUGCUGAGCAACCUUGUCCACACGGCAGAGCAAAGAGCGCAAAACGCCAUCAGUGGGCUGUUCCACCGAGGCAGGAGACAUGCGCGUGACAGCAGCCAAGAGAGAGCCCGCGAGGAGAAGAACAAACAGCAACCUGCGGUCGCGAGAGCAGGGAUAGCAAGACCGAUCCAUUAUCCUGCCUCAUCCACAGGUCCUCACGGCUCGCUCAUUUCUUUCAUUUUCGGUCCUUGAUUGAUGUCCCUGCUGUGUUGCCGUGUUCAUGCUUCAGUUGAUGUAUUCCCAGGUUUGGACGGCGGUGCGCUAUUUCCUUCGGCCGAGCGGAGCCGAGGAGGCAACCCUUUGGUAGAAUUUUAUGAGGACAAAACAUUCCAAACAAGCCACCACCAUGCCCUAUUCAGAGUACCCGACGAUGCCAUCGACUGUAAGAACAUCAAGCAGACACACGACACACAAAUGCAAUGCGACCUCCCUUGUGCUUUGGCUACUGUUUAUGCCACGCAGGGAGUCCACCGCCACCUAUUGCCACCGACUGACUGAGUGGGGUGUGUGUGUGUGUGCGACUGAGAAUUAAG